CUAAACAAGAAACAAAUAAAGCUAAAAAAGAAUAUGAAGAUAUAAAAAAAAAAUAUGAAAAAGAACAAAAACUACAUGGGAAAACUCGAGAAAACUUAGAAGAAGAAAUAAAAAAACAUAAAAAAACUAAAGAAUUACUCAAAAAAGAAAAAGAAAAAAUGAAACAACUUGAAGAAACUAUUGAACAAUUAGAAAAAAAACAUAAAAUCGAAAUCAAAGAUUUUGAAAACAAACUCAAAGAAAAAAAUGCUAAAAUUUUAGAAUUACAAAAUGAAAAUACAAGACUACGAACAAUGUACGAUCAACAAAAAAUACUAUUAGAUAAACUUAAAACUGAUACUGAAGAUUUGGAAAAACUUAAAAAUGAUA